GUCCUUCUGCUUGUGCCGCGGCCUCGUCAAAGUCGCUUAUCCACGUGAGUAGAGCUCCCCCUCCGACAGGUCAAGCUAUGCUCACGAGCGAAGCCGAUGGGCUGAUGACUGUGCAAGCGGGAGGAGAGACAGUGCGUAAAGCGCAUGAUGUUGGGAAGCGUGACGCGGAGAGUCCUGCUGAAUAGAGUGAAGAUGGUCGAAAGAAGGUGAAGGCGACCUCCUUGACCGAAACUGUGGAUUUUCCCCCCCACUCCUCGCUGCGUGAGGAUUGCGCUCGCCGUAUGUUGCAUGAGCUGUCCGGGAAGUUGCUAGUCCCGCCCGAGUAUACUGAUGCUGAAGAUCCGUCAAGCAGGCACUGGGUUGGCACCGCCGCUCGCUUUCUUCUCGCGGCGGGUGUUGGUUUAUCUCAAGUUGGGAUGACCAACGAAAAGCUACAUAUGGCCAACCUGCGCGGCGAAGUGGAGGCGGAGAAGCUCCGAAAGCGGAUUGGCGAGUUGGAGGCGGAGUCGAUCAAGGGGCGAGCUGCCUUUCGGGCGGAGGCCAGAGCAGAAUUGGAGAAGGAGCAUGCUGAUACCGUCAAGGAUCUCCGGGUGGACCUGUCUCGAGGGGUGCAGAAGGUCAACAGUCUGAUGGCGGACAAGGAGAUUUUGGAAGCUGACAUAUCUCGCUUGCAUUAUCGGGUGGAGGAGCUUGAGAAAGCCCAGGCGGAGAGCGUGCUAAGGCACAAGACCGAGGUGGAUGCUGCAUCAAAGGCUGCGGUUGCAUCGUAUCUACUAUCCCCCGCAUUCCGCAAAAUAGAUGACGCCAAACGUUCUAAGGUGAUGGGGGAUACGGUGCCUUCCAUCCGGCACUUGUUCCGUCGCGAACAUCCGGAGCUGGAGUGGGACACUGAUGCCGUGUGGGAUGUGGUGGUAGCCUGGGGCUCUUCCGAGGGUGAUGUCAAUUCCGAGAAUGCCCUUUCGGUGUCAGCGGAUGGUGAUGAAGCAAGCUCUCGAGGCCAAGCUUAAUUUGCUGUGUUUAUGACUGUUGUUUUGAAGUCAAACUUGUUCUCGACUGUGGGCUGUGUUUAUAUUAUUUUCCUUGCAUCGUGACACUGUCCGCUUCAAUGCGGCUUAUUAAGUUUUUGUUGUGAUCAUUCCAUUUCCUCGUGCGUGCCGUCAAUUGUUGUGUGUGCUUCCGGGUUGCCUUUCCGGGAUGCGUGUUUUAGGAGAUCGGCAUUCCGCGGGCGGGUUAUCCUCGCUUCGUGGUAGCGUUUCUAGGAAUAACCCAUGUCCCGGGAU